AUGUAUAUUCUGGGCAAAUUCUGCAUCGACCCGGGGCCACAGAGCGCCCGCCGUCGCUUCUCUGGGAUCGGACCCUCCGUGGGGCACCAGCAGGUGCAGGCGCGGCCCAGGCGGCGGCGGCGGCGCGCGGCGCGCGUCGUUGCGCCCCCUGGCGGCGCGUCCGAGCGCAGCAGCCCCGACGGCGCCCAGGCCCCGGCAGUUCCCUGUGUUGGGCAAAGUGCCUGGCUGCACCUCCGAGCCUGGCCAGACCCCGUGUUCGAGGGAGACGCCCUGACUCUGCGAUGUCAUGGAUCGGCCAACAAGGUCCUGUCCCAGGUGAAGUUCUACAAAGACGGAAGAUUACUCCAAACCCCGAAGACCAGAUGGUCCCUGUCCAUGGGGACGGCUACCCUGGAAAGCAGCGGCCAGUACAGCUGCUCUGGGAAGGUGGCCUACGUCCCAUAUCUGGGCAGACAAACCUCAGAGCUGGUCAAGGUUCAAGUCCAAGAGCCAUUCCCGCCUCCUGUGCUGAGCGCUGUCCCCUCUCCCGAGCUCCGUGAGGGGAGCCCGCUGACCCUGAGAUGCCAGACGAAGCUGCACCCCCAGAAGUCGGCCUCGAGGCUCCUCUUCUCCUUCCACAGAGAUGCCAGCACCUUGCAGGACUGGGGCCCCCACCCGGAGCUCUACCUCCCAGGAGCCCAGGAGAGAGACUCUGGGCUUUACUGGUGCCGGGCCACCCUUGAGGGUGGUGUGGCCCAGAAGCAGAGCCCCCAGCUGGAAGUCAGGGUGCAGGUUCCUGUGUCCCAGCCGCUACUCACCCUGAGACCUGGCCCCACCGGCCUCGCUGUGGGGGCCAUGGUGGAGCUCCUCUGCGAGGCCCAGAAGGGCUCCCCUCCAAUCUCGUACUUGUUCUACCUGGACGGGAAGAUCCUAGGGAACAUCUCAUCUCCCUAUGGAAGAGCCACCUGCUUCCCGGUCACCGUGACGUCAGAGCGGGAUGCCAUUUACUCCUGCCGGGCAGAGAAUUAUGUUUCCGGAGAGACCAGUGAGCCCAAAAUACUCUCCCUGGAUGCACUCAUGGUCACCCCUACCCGGGGCUUGUCUGCCCCCAACAGCCCCCACUGGCUGGUUGCCGGGCUGUCCGCGAGCCUGCUUGGUGUGCUGGUCAUCGCCACUGCGCUUCUGGCUUGCUUCAGACCCUGGAGAAAAGCUGAGUCCCUUCCAUCUCAGAAUCUACCCCCAGCGCCCGGUGGAGAGCAGGACCUACUGUAUGGCGAAGUUCGUUGGCAGAAUGAGAAUGAAGAUGAUGAUUACUCUAUAGUGUAUGCAACCUCCCGGAAGAGUAAAGCCGGGCCUGCUGCCUCAGCCUCGGGGACUCAGGACAGUUCUGUCAUCUACACGGAGGUGGCACAAUCACAGCUUGGUGAGCUUCCAGCCGCGAAACGGAAUCCGAGAAGCAGGACCCACAAGGCCCUCCCUGGUCACUUCGAGGAGGUUCUCCACUAUUAA